GGGGAAGGGUGCCUCCACGUGGUUAUAGUCCAGGAUUGGGGGGCAAGAGCAACUUAUUUUGCUGCGUGGGGAUGCAACCACCCCCAAAUCCGAUGCCGCAAGCACCCGAGGGGGCGGGCCCCGGCCCCUGGGCUAAACGAAGGGAAGGUAGAGAUCGAUAGUGGCUCGUUUUGUGAGCCUCAAGGGUGCCUGAUGCAGGAGCGAGCAGGGAUAGAAAGUCAAGUUACCUUCAUGUUUCCACCUCAAAAUACCAUGUCGUAUGUUGUGCGAUGAUAUGCUGACACUCCAGCCGCAGUCCUACAUCUUGUCAUGACGGCAGAGCAGAGGAGAUGGUUGUGUAGCUGUGUCUGCAGGACGACAGCAGUCUCACACCGACAGAGAGUGUCUCAAAUAUCAGGAUGCCCCAGGUGUGUUUGAACAGAAUGUGUCUCAUCCGGGACCGACAGGGUGGUCUGGCAUGAUGUCUCUGAUCCGCUAUGAUCGCCGUCGCUGCGUCGCAGUCCAGGUUUGCGGUGGUUCUGUUGGUGUGUGGGGUGGCGGGCAGGAGGUGAAGAGGGUGGAGGUCGCAUCCCGACCCCAAUCAUCAAUGACAUGAAGAAAGAGGGUCGCAGUUUGUCAGCGCGUGUGUGGUGUGGAUUAAUGCCGUGUUUGAAGUGGAUGGUCGACGUUGAUUUAGAGCCAGACGGUCCAACACGUGGUCUUGGCAUCGAUGUCGGCCAAGACCACCUCUCAUCUCGACACGACCAAAAGAAGAAGCAACGCGCAUGGUCUUGUGCAACACCGCGCCAGACCCCGACGUUAUAGCGAAGGGUCCACUUUGGUUCUGGUCGAGAUAGCAAAAAAAAGCCUGGUUGCGGACCGGGGCGCACAACCACCACCAGAGAGCCGUGGGCCGUUGCGCCUUGCUCAUUCGUCAUACAAACAUCGCCCACAUCUGCCCCACGCGUGUGAUGCCAGGUCCCCAUUGUCUUGA